GCACUGCAGCAGACUCUGCGAUCUGACACUGGCAGCUCGUGGCAUGUUCCCGUCCUCCCUGGGGUGGGGGCGGGGGGCUCUCCCCUGCCUUGCCCAUGUUUGGCUCACCCGGCCCUCCCCAUCGCUGGCGGGCAGGUUUGCAGGCUGAUUUUCCUCUCUCUUGAAGUCAGUCGGAUGAAAGGUCUCUACAGUCCCGCUCAGCCUGCCCAGGUUUUUCCCGGGCAGGGAUAGCGAGGGGAUCCUUAUGCAGCACCACAUGAAAUGAACAAAGCUCCACAGCCCACAGGAGGAGCCCCGACAGCCCCACACCCUGCCCCUUCUCCUGGACUUCCACAGUCCGCGUUUCCACCUGGUCAAACGGCACCCGUGGUUUUUAACCCAUCGCAAGCUACACAAAUGAAUACGCCUUCCCAGCCUCGACAGUUUCCAGCAGGGCCUCGUGCUUUACACCAGCAGGGAGGAUUCAGGUCUCUUCAGCAUUUCUACCAGAGCAGGGCCCAGCCUCCGACAAGUGCUUCCCGGGUGCAGAGUAACACGUCGGCCCGGCCUGGCCCACCUGCUCAUGUCUAUCCAGCUGCUUCCCAGGUGAUGAUGAUCCCCUCCCAGAUUUCCUACCCUGCUUCGCAAGGAGCCUAUUACAUCCCAGGACAGGGUCGCUCCACGUAUGUUGUUCCAACUCAACAGUACCCAGUCCAGCCGGGCGCCCCCAGCUUUUAUACUGGAGCCAACCCCCCGGAAUUUGGCACCUAUGCUGGUGCCUAUUACCCUGCUCAGGGGGUGCAGCAGUUCCCAGCUGGGGUCCCCGCUGCCCAGGUCAUGAUGAACCAGCAGCCACCCAUCCCGACAAAGCGAGAACGCAAGACGAUCCGGAUACGAGAUCCGAACCAAGGUGGCAAAGACAUCACCGAAGAAAUCAUGUCUGGAGCAAGGACCUCCUCCACCCCCACCCCUCCUCAGUCUGGAAGCGGUUUGGAGCCACAGGCCAAUGGAGAGAUGCCCCACGUAGCAGUUAUUGUCCGACCAGAUGACCGCCCAAAGCCUGUCCCGGUUGUAAGUAAACCUGUCUCCCUAGAGCCAAAUAAAUCAGCGUCCCCGUCUCCCCCACCUCCCCUGAUCGCCGAGGUAGAGCCUGUGCUGCUGGUCCCGGUGCCACUGGUGCCGCUGGAGGGCCCGGUGGGCAUGGACAUGGACACUAAAGCGGAGCUGGCUGAGGCUCCUGCAGACACACACGAACCUCUUAAAGCCACCACUACAGUGCCAGGGGACAUGGAGCAGCCUGAGGAAGCCCCUACCUUGGACAUAGAGCCCCAAGAGGAGGCAGCUGCCACCCCUGUCCUGGAACCCCCUGCCCAACUGGUGCUGGUAGAAACACAAGAGGAGGUGGCACCAAUGGAGGUGGCACCCCGGGAGGAGAUGCCCCUGGAGGAGGAGCUGCCAGCUAAGCCUGCUGCUCCCCCCAGCCCCCCACCUCCCCAGGAAGAGGCCUCCAGCGAGGCUGUUGUUGAAUCCAAUGGAGUCCUGGAGGAAAUGCCAGAGCCAGUGGCUGAGCUGCCUGUGUGCCAGCCAGAGCCAGUCGUGGAGUCUCCUGUUGCCCAGCCAGAGGAGCUGGUGCUGCCCAAUGGGCUGGAGGUACCUGGCAAGCAGGAGGCCGACGAGCCAGAGGAGCAGCCGGAGUCGGAUGUCAGCCCCAUCUCCGAACCCGAGGAGGUUAAGGCAGAGGAGCCGGACAUCCCAGCCUCCCCCCCUGCAGAGGAGGAGGAGGAGGAACAGGAGGAAGAAGAGGAGUGUGAGGAGCCCCUGGAAGCACCAGAGGAGAAUUUCCCGUUGGAAGCGCCUCUUUCCCAGAGCUCUGAGGAGAUCACGCAAGUUGCCGUGUCAGUGCCAAAGAAGAAGCGGAAAAUGAAAGAGCUCAACAAGAAGGAAGCUGUGGGCGACCUGCUGGAUGCCUUUAAAGAGUCUCAGAUCAGCGAUGGUGCCUCUGAGGUGGAGAACAAGCCCCCAAUCCCUGAGCCCAAGGAGGCCGCCCCAGCCUGCCCCCAGGAGGAGGCAGAGGAGACCUGGGAAGAGAAGGAGGACAAGCUGGAUCCAGAGAAGGUCAAGGCUGCAGAUCAGAAAUACCAGUACAAGGAAGAACAAUGGAAGCCCCUGAACCCGGAGGAGAAGAAGAGAUACGACCGGGAAUUCCUGCUGGGCUUCCAGUUCAUCUUCGCCAGUCUGCAGAAACCCGAGGGGCUCCCCCAGAUCAGCGAUGUGGUGCUGGACAAGGUCAGUGCCACCACCAGACUGGUGAAUAAAACGCCUAUGCGACCGCUGGACCCCAUCCGCCUGAGCGGAAUGAACUGUGGCCCUGACUUCACCCCUUCCUUUGCCAACCUGGGCCGUCCGUCCAUGGGCAACCGGGGACCGCCCGCAGGGUUGGGCCCGCGCCGCUCGCAGCAGAGCCAGAGGAAAGAGCCCCGGAAAAUCAUCGCCACAGUCUCCCUGAAUGAGGACAUCAAGCUCAACAAGGCUGAGAAGGCCUGGAAGCCCAGCAGCAAGCGGGCUGCUGAGGAGGAGGAUCCUGACAACAUCAAGACGCAGGACCUGUUCCGGCGCGUGCGCAGCAUCCUGAACAAGCUGACACCGCAGAUGUUCCAGCAGCUGAUGAAGCAGGUCACGGAGCUGUCCAUUGACACCGAGGAGCGGCUCAAGGGCGUCAUUGAUCUCAUCUUCGAGAAGGCCAUCUCUGAGCCAAACUUCUCCGUUGCCUAUGCCAACAUGUGCCGUUGCCUUAUGGGGCUGAAAGUCCCCACAACUGACAAGCCGGCGGUGACCGUGAACUUCCGCAAGCUGCUGCUGAACCGUUGCCAGAAGGAGUUUGAGAAGGACAAGGACGAUGAUGAGAUCUUUGAGAAGAAGCAGAAGGAGAUGGACGACGCUGCUGCUCCGGAGGAGAAGGCUCGCCUGAAGGAGGAGCUGGAUGAUGCGCGGGACAAGGCCAGGAGGCGCUCGCUGGGGAACAUCAAGUUCAUUGGGGAGCUCUUCAAGCUGAAGAUGCUGACGGAGGCCAUCAUGCACGACUGCGUGGUCAAGCUGCUCAAGAACCACGAUGAGGAGUCGCUCGAGUGCCUGUGCCGCCUGCUCACCACCAUUGGCAAGGACCUGGACUUCGAGAAAGCCAAGCCCAGAAUGGAUCAGUAUUUCAACCAGAUGGACAAGAUCAUUAAGGAGAAGAAAACAUCGUCUCGAAUUCGCUUCAUGCUGCAGGAUGUGAUUGACCUCAGGCGGAAUAGUUGGGUGCCACGGCGAGGGGACCAGGGCCCUAAAACCAUCGACCAGAUCCACAAGGAGGCAGAGAUGGAGGAGCAUCGGGAGCACAUCAAAGUGCAGCAGCUCAUGUCAAAGCAGGACAAGAGGAGAGGGCCUCCUGGUUCCUCAUCUGGAGGUGGGCGAGGGAGCCAGGUUGCAGAUGAUGGCUGGAACACCGUCCCCAUCAGCAAGGGCAACAGACCUAUUGACACCAGCCGGAUAACCAAGAUAACAAAACCUGGAUCGAUCGACUCCAAUAAUCAGCUGUUUGCACCUGGUGGGCGUCUGAGCUGGGGAAAGGGCAGCAGCGGGGGAUCUGGUGCCAAGCCUGCUGACUCAGCCUCUGAUGCCACCCGGCCAGCUACUAGCACCUUGAAUCGCUUCUCAGCCCUGCAGCAGUCGACCCCCGUGGAGAGCCUGGAUUCCCGGCGCGUGGUACAGAGGGGCAGCUCCAGCCGGGAUCGGUCGGAGAAGGCCGGAGAGCGAGGGGAGCGGUUUGAACGCGAGCGCUUGGAGCGGGGUGAGCGCUUGGAGCGCCCUGACAGGGGGGAGCGGGCAGACAGGAACCGGCCCCCCAUCACCAAGCGGAGCUACAGCAAGGAGACGGAGGACAGGAGCCGGGAGCGCGAGAGGCAGGGAGCCCAGGAGGCCGUCCGGAAGGUUUCCAGCAUGACAGAGGAGAGGGACAGGAGCAGGGAGCCAGUUAAGCGUGAGCCGGCGCCCCCUACGGCCCCCCCCAAGCCAGCACUGUCGGAGGAGGAGCUGGAGAAGAAAUCCAAGGCCAUCAUUGAAGAGUAUCUGCAUAUCAAUGACAUGAAGGAGGCGCUGCAGUGUGUGCAGGAGCUGGCCUGCCCCUCCCAGCUGUAUGUCUUUGUGCGGAACGGCAUCGAGUCCACGCUGGAGAGGAGCAUGAUCGCCCGCGAACACAUGGGGCUGCUGCUGUACCAGCUGGUGAAAGCAGGAAACCUCACCAAGGAGCAGUACUACAAGGGAGUGCACGACAUCCUGGAGAUUGCCGAGGACAUGGAGAUCGACAUCCCGCACAUCUGGCUCUACCUGGCUGAGCUGAUCACCCCCAUCCUGCGGGAGGGGGGCAUCCCCAUGGAGGAGCUGUUCAGAGAGAUUGCCAAGCCCCUGGUGCCCAUUGGCAAGGCCAGCACCCUCCUGCUGGAGAUCCUGGGGUUGCUGUGCAAGGGGAUGAGCCACAAGAAGGCAGGGACGCUGUGGAGAGAAGGCGGGCUCAGCUGGAAGGAGUUUCUGCCCGAGGACCAGGAUGUGAACAAGUUUGUCACAGAGCAGAAAGUGGAGUACACCAUGGGGGACAGCUCGGAUACGCCCAGCCGCAAGGAGCUGACUGCUGAGGAGCUGUGCAAGCAGAUGGAGAAGCUGCUGAAAGAGAACUCUAACAACCAAAGAAUAUACGACUGGAUCGAGGCCAACCUCAGCGAGCAUCAGGUCUCGUCCAAUGUCUUCGUCAGGGCCCUGAUGACGUCCGUGUGCCAUUCGGCCAUUGUCUUCGAGAACCCGUACCGGGUGGACACAGCGGUGAUCAAGAGCCGGGCCAAGCUGCUGCAGAAGUACGUGAGCGAGGAGCAGAAGGAGCUGCAGGCGCUCUACGCAUUACAGGCCCUCGUGGUGAAGCUGGAACAACCACCGAACCUGCUCCGAAUGUUCUUCGAUGCCUUGUACGACGAGGACGUCAUCAAGGAGGAAGCCUUCUACAAGUGGGAGUCGAGCAAGGACCCGGCCGAGCAGCAGGGCAAGGGGGUGGCCCUCAAGUCAGUGACGGCCUUCUUCACCUGGCUGCGGGAAGCUGAGGACGAAUCGGACAACAACUGAGCAGCGGGGCCAGGGCCACCUCGGCCCACCCCGAGGCCUGGACUCUCUUGCGCAGAGGCCACGGGGAGCCGCCCUGCCUCCUGGACUCCCUCCUUUCCUUUGUUUUGUUUUUCGAGGCCUGUAUUGGUUUGUGUCUGAUGAUAAUAAAUUGAUGCUGAAGGAGGCAGGCAUGCUGUGGGGCUCUGCUCAGCCCCAGUGCAGGAACCCGGAUGGAUCGCAGUGAGCGGGGCCAAACUCUGCAGGGUGCAAAGCACCAGAAACUCGUGUCUGUUGGGGGCCGUCUCCUCCCCCCAUUUAUUGCUGAAAUAUAGAGAGAUUAUAUAUAUAUAAACUUAUUAAAUUUGGUUUGGGGACAGGACUUUGCUCUCCCGCUCCCGCGUCCCUGGAUCACAGCCUGCACCACAAACCUGCCGGAUGGUUUUUUAUUUUCCAAAAAAUCAUUUCAGCCCCCUCCCCCAAAUCUCCCACCUCUGAGAUCGGCUUGGGAGCUGCUGGGGCUGUUCCGGGGGGAGGGGGAGUUCCAGUCCCCUCUGUGCUGGGCGAGCCUCCUAUGGGGCCAGCUCCGCAGCUCCUGUCCGCCCCUCUCUCCCCAACACGUUUAAGGCCACAAUUGUGCGAGCUAGCAAGCGGUGGCUUCAUCUGCAUCCCCUGUAUUUAUAGAGCGCCGGAUGUUAACGAGCCGCACGCGUAAUUAUUAAAACAAGGAUUCAAUUACCGGUUACGUGAAUUUGUAAAUAUUUUUUUUUUUUUUUUUUUUUUUUGCUUUAUGGAGUAUUUAAUUGAAGAUUUAAAGGCAUCUUUUCACCUUAAACUGGAAAUAAAAGAACAUUGCUAAAUACCGCCGCGUGUGCCGCUGUCGGAUCCUGGCCUGCGUCGUCGAGGGCUCGCCUGCCGCCCCAGCCUCCGCGGCGCUGUGCUUAGAGCGGCUACAGCCCGUCUGCCCUGGAUGGGAUGAAGGCUCCUGUGUGGCGCUGUAGGCAUCGCUCUUCCAGCCUAAGGAUUGCCAACGCGGGAGUCCCAAGAGAAGCACUCGCGGGUCUGGUCUGGAGCGAGAUCCGGGAACCUAAACACGGCUCAGGAGUUCAGCGAAGAUGGCCACCCGGGGACAGCCUGGGUCCCCGAUGGACUGGGCCCAUUCUUCAUGUGGGCAAGGGGAGGUGGCAGGAAGGAAGGGGAGUGAAUCCAGUCCAGAAAGCCAGGAAAUUUCAGAGCAUCACCUGCACCAGCCCUGGGAAGGGGGCUAGACACUCUGAGCUCCUGCCCCCAGGCUGCAGGGGCACCUGUGUGCGAGGGCUGGGCAGAGGCACCACAGGGGUAGUGGUGGAUGGAUUGAUGAUAGAUUAUUCAUAGUGUACGGCCUGAAGGGAUCGUUAGCGCAUCUAAUCUGACCUGGUGUAACAGGCCAUUAAAUGUCACCCUGUAACCUC